CCAUCGGGAGGAAGUUUCCUGAAGUUGUCCUCUCAUUCGGGAGCUCGGCCAGCAACCAAGCCAGAUCGCAGGGGUCGCUCUGCCUGCGAGAAGUAGUCGGAGUCGGGGUGUUAAGGGAUAUAGACGCCCUGAGUUUGAAAGGAGACUUGGCCCCUUUCUGCUCUCCCCUCUCCUUGCGGAGCAGCAAACACAGAAGGAGGAAGGAGCAUUUGGGGUCGCCUGCGCGGCCCCUCCGGCCAUAGCGUCCUGGACUCGGCCACACAGUCUCCCGGGACGAAGGCGCGGGGUACCGGGACCCCACAGGAUUAUAAAACAAGUCACAAGGAGGGUGCACCGUAGAGGACCCCUCCACCAGGAUGGCCAGCAUGUGGAGGCUGCCGAUCUGGACUCUACUGGCCCUGCAUCGGAUCCACUCGGCCGGAGCCCAAGAUGACGUGCCACCGUACUUCAAGACCGAGCCAGUGCGCACCCAAGUACAUCUGGAGGGGAACCGCCUGGUGCUCACGUGCAUGGCUGAGGGCAGCUGGCCGCUGGAGUUCAAGUGGUUACACAACAACCGGGAGCUGACCAGGUUCUCGCUGGAGUACAGGUACAUGAUCACCAGCCUGGACCGCACCCACGCUGGCUUCUACCGCUGCAUCGUGCGCAAUCGGAUGGGGGCCCUGCUACAGCGGCAGACUGAGGUCCAGGUGGCCUACAUGGGGAGCUUCGAGGAAGGCGAGAAGCACCAGAGCGUGUCCCACGGAGAAGCUGCUGUCAUCCGGGCGCCUCGAAUCUCCAGCUUCCCCCGGCCACAGGUGACCUGGUUCCGUGAUGGCCGCAAGAUCCCGCCCAGCAGCCGCAUAGCCAUCACGCUGGAAAACACCCUGGUCAUCCUGUCCACAGUGGCUCCCGAUGCUGGUCGCUACUACGUGCAGGCUGUUAAUGACAAGAACGGAGACAACAAGACCAGCCAGCCCAUCACUCUUGCCGUGGAGAAUGUUGGGGGACCUGCUGACCCCAUUGCACCAACCAUCAUCAUCCCACCCAAGAAUACUAGUGUUGUGGCUGGGACCUCGGAGGUGACCAUGGAGUGUGUGGCCAAUGCCAGGCCUCUGAUCAAGCUGCACAUUGUCUGGAAGAAAGACGGGGCCUUGCUCUCCAAUGGUAUCAGUGAUUACAACCGCAGGCUCACCAUCACCAACCCCACGGUCAGCGACGCCGGCUACUAUGAGUGUGAGGCUGUGCUGCGCAGUAGCAGUGUGGCCCCUGUCACCCGGGGAGCCUACCUCUUGGUGCUGGAGCCACCUCAGUUUGUCAGAGAGCCUGAGAGACACAUCACAGCAGAGAUGGAGAAGGUGGUGGACAUCCCCUGUCGAGCCAAAGGGGUACCACCUCCCUCCAUCACCUGGUACAAGGAUGCUGCGCUGGUGGAGGUGGAAAAACUGACGCGCUUCAGGCAGCGCAGUGAUGGCGGCCUGCAGAUCAGCGGCCUGCUGCCCGACGACACUGGCAUGCUCCAGUGCUUCGCCCACAAUGCCGCUGGAGAGGCACAGACCUCCACCUACCUGGCUGUCACCAGCAUCGCCCCUAAUAUCACCAGGGGCCCCCUUGACAGUACAGUGAUUGACGGGAUGUCAGUGGUACUGGCGUGUGAGACCUCAGGAGCACCACGGCCUGCUAUCACUUGGCAGAAAGGGGAGCGCAUCUUAGCAAGCGGCUCUGUCCAGCUGCCUCGCUUCACGCUGCUGGAGUCUGGAAGCCUGCUCGUUAGCCCAACCCACAUCUCUGACGCCGGUACCUACACCUGUCUGGCCACCAACUCUCGGGGAGUAGACGAGGCCUCGGCAGACCUGGUCGUAUGGGCCCGGACCCGCAUCACCAAGCCACCCCAGGACCAGAGUGUCAUCAAGGGCACCCAGGCCUCCAUGGUGUGUGGAGUGACCCACGAUCCUAGAGUGACUAUCAGGUAUGUGUGGGAGAAGGACGGGGCCACCCUGGCUGUGGAGACCAAUCCCCGGGUCCGUCUGGACAGAAACGGCUCCCUACACAUCUCGCAGACAUGGUCAGGGGACAUUGGUACAUACACCUGCCGGGUGCUCUCAGCUGGUGGCAAUGACUCUCGAAACGCCCACCUGCGAGUCAGGCAGCUUCCCCAUGCCCCUGAGCACCCUGUGGCAACACUCAGCACCGUGGAGAGGCGCGCCAUCAACCUGACCUGGGCCAAACCCUUCGAUGGCAACAGUCCCCUGAUGCGCUACAUCUUGGAGAUGUCAGAAAACAAUGCUCCGUGGACCAUUCUCCUUGCCAGUGUGGAUCCAGAAGCUACCUCAGUGAUGGUCAAAGGGCUGGUUCCUGCUCGUUCCUACCAGUUCCGCCUCUGUGCUGUCAAUGAUGUGGGCAAAGGACAGUUCAGCAAGGACACAGAGAGGGUUUCCCUCCCUGAGGAGCCCCCCACGGCCCCUCCACAGAACGUUAUUGCCAGCGGCCGGACCAACCAGUCCAUCAUGAUCCAGUGGCAACCACCUCCCGAGAGCCACCAGAAUGGAAUCCUCAAGGGUUACAUCAUCAGAUACUGCCUGGCUGGGCUACCUGUGGGAUACCAGUUUAAGAACAUCACGGAUGCUGAUGUCAACAACCUGUUGUUGGAGGACCUCAUCAUUUGGACCAAUUAUGAGAUCGAGGUGGCAGCCUACAACAGCGCCGGGCUGGGCGUCUACAGCAGCAAAGUCACCGAGUGGACGCUUCAGGGAGUUCCCACGGUGCCCCCAGGCAAUGUGCAUGCAGAAGCCACCAAUUCCACAACCAUCCGCUUCACCUGGAAUGCCCCCAGCCCCCAGUUCAUCAACGGCAUCAACCAGGGCUACAAGCUGAUUGCCUGGGAGCCAACACAAGAAGAGGAGGUUACCAUGGUGACUGCCAGGCCUAACUUUCAAGACAGCAUCCAUGUGGGCUUUGUGUCCGGUCUAAAAAAAUUCACAGAGUACUUCACAUCGGUGCUGUGCUUCACCACACCAGGAGAUGGGCCUCGAAGCAGCCCCCAGCUGGUGCGCACCCAUGAGGAUGUGCCUGGGCCCGUGGGACACCUGAGCUUCAAUGACAUCCUGGACACCUCACUGAAGGUCAGCUGGCAGGAGCCUGGAGAGAAGAAUGGCAUCCUGACAGGGUACCGAAUCUCCUGGGAAGAGUACAACAGAACCAAUACCCGUGUGACCCACUACCUGCCCAACGUAACCCUAGAGUACAGGGUCACAGGCCUCACAGCACUUACUACCUACACUAUUGAGGUGGCCGCUAUGACCUCCAAGGGCCAGGGCCAGGUGUCAGCCUCCACCAUCUCAUCUGGUGUGCCUCCAGAGCUCCCAGGGGCACCCACCAACCUGGGCAUUUCCAACAUUGGCCCACGGUCCGUGACCUUGCAGUUCAGGCCUGGCUACGAUGGGAAGACAUCCAUCUCCCGCUGGGUGGUGGAGGCUCAGGUGGGCGUGAUCGGGGAGGGAGAGGAAUGGUUGCUGAUCUACCAACUCAGCAAUGAGCCUGAUGCACGCUCCAUGGAGGUACCGGACCUCAACCCCUUCACCUACUACAGCUUCCGCAUGCGCCAAGUAAACAUUGUCGGCACCAGCCCGCCCAGUCAACCUUCUAGAAAGAUCCAGACCCUCCAGGCACCCCCAGACAUGGCCCCCGCCAAUGUGACUCUACGCACAGCCAGUGAGACCAGCUUGUGGCUCCGAUGGAUGCCCCUCCCAGAAAUGGAAUACAAUGGCAACCCUGAGUCGGUGGGCUACAAGAUCAAGUACAGCCGGUCCGACGGCCACGGCAAGACCCUGAGCCACAUGGUACAAGACCGUGUGGAGCGGGAAUACACCAUUGAGGACCUGGAGGAGUGGACAGAGUACCGCGUCCAGGUCCAGGCCUUCAACGCCAUCGGGAGCGGGCCCUGGAGCCAGGCAGUGGUGGGCAGAACCAGGGAGUCAGUCCCGUCCUCGGGUCCCACCAAUGUGUCAGCACUGGCCACCACCUCUAGCAGCAUGCUGGUUCGCUGGAGCGAGAUCCCAGAAGCAGAUCGCAAUGGCCUUGUGCUGGGCUACAAGGUGAGGUACAAGGAGAAGGACUCGGACUCCCAGCCCCGGUUCUGGCUGGUAGAAGGCAACUCGUCUCGCAGUGCCCAGCUCACCGGCCUGGGCAAGUAUGUGCUGUACGAGGUCCAGGUUCUGGCCUUCACACGCAUUGGUGACGGCAGCCCCAGCCACCCUCCCAUCCUGGAGCGGACGCUAGAUGACGUCCCAGGCCCACCCAUGGGCAUCCUGUUUCCAGAGGUGAGAACCACGUCUGUGCGGCUCAUCUGGCAGCCCCCCGCAGCCCCCAAUGGUAUCAUCCUGGCCUACCAGAUCACACACCGGCUCAACGCCACGACAGCCAACACCGCCACAGUGGAGGUCCUGGCACCCAGUGCCCGCCAGUACAUGGCCACAGGCCUCAAGCCAGAGUCUGUCUACCUGUUCCGGAUCACAGCCCAGACCCGAAAAGGCUGGGGAGAGGCUGCUGAAGCCUUGGUGGUGACCACAGAGAAGAGAGACCGCCCGCAGCCCCCUAGCAAGCCUGUGGUACAGCAGGAAGAUGUGAAGGCUCGCAGCGUGUUGCUGUCCUGGGAGCCAGGCAGCGAUGGGCUCUCCCCAGUACGCUACUACACCAUCCAGACGCGUGAACUGCCCAGCGGCAGGUGGGCGCUGCACUCGGCCUCUGUGAGCCACAAUGCCUCUGCCUUCACUGUGGACAGACUCAAGCCCUUCACAUCCUACAAGUUCCGAGUGAAAGCGACCAAUGACAUCGGGGACAGCGAGUUCAGUGAGGAGUCAGAGUCGCUGACCACCCUGCAGGCCGCCCCAGAUGAGGCACCCACCAUCCUGUCGGUGACACCCCACACCACCACCUCUGUGCUAAUCCGAUGGCAGCCUCCAGCUGAGGACAAGAUCAAUGGCAUCCUCUUGGGCUUUCGGAUCCGGUACCGGGAGCUGCUCUAUGAAGGGCUGAGGGGCUUCACUCUUCGAGGCAUCAACAACCCUGGGGCCAAGUGGGCUGAGCUCACCUCCUUGUACUCCAUGCGGAACCUGACCCGGCCCAGCCUCACGCAGUACGAGCUGGACAAUCUGAGCAAGCACAAGCGUUAUGAGAUCCGGAUGAGUGUGUACAAUGCCGUGGGUGAGGGACCCUUGAGCCCACCACAAGAGGUCUUUGUUGGGGAGGCAGUGCCCACGGCAGCACCACAGAACGUAGCCAUCCACAGUGCCACAGCCACACAGCUAGAUGUGACCUGGGAGCCACCCCCACUGGACAGCCAGAAUGGAGACAUCCAAGGAUACAAGAUUUAUUUCUGGGAAGUCCAGCGGAGGAACCUCACGGAGAGGGUGAAGACACUUUUCCUGGCAGAGAACAGCGUGAAACUCAAGAACCUGACUGGCUACACAGCCUACAUGGUCAGCGUAGCAGCCUUCAACGCUGCAGGAGAUGGGCCACGGAGCACCCCCACCCGAGGCCAGACUCAGCAAGCAGCCCCCAGCGCCCCAGGCUCCGUCAAGUUCAGCGAGCUGACCACGACCUCAGUGAAUGUGUCCUGGGAAGCCCCACAGUUCCCCAACGGGCCUCUGGAGGGCUACAGGCUGGUGUAUGAGCCCUGCACCCCAGUGGAUGGGGUCAGCAAGAUUGUGACAGUGGACGUGAAGGGGAACAGCCCACUGUGGCUGAAGGUGAAGGACCUGGCUGAGGGCAUGACCUAUCGUUUCCGCAUCAAAGCCAAGACCUUCACCUACGGGCCUGAGAUCGAAGCCAACAUCACCACAGGCCCUGGAGAAGGUGCCCCAGGACCACCAGGAGUGCCAAUCAUCGUUCGGUACAGCUCAGCCAUUGCUAUCCACUGGUCCAGCGGAGAUCCUGGCAAAGGACCCAUCACACGCUACGUAAUAGAGGCCAGGCCUUCAGAUGAGGGACUCUGGGACAUCCUCAUCAAGGACAUCCCCAAGGAGGUAACGUCCUACACCUUCAGCAUGGACAUCCUGAAGCCAGGCGUGAGCUACGACUUCCGGGUCAUCGCAGUCAAUGACUAUGGCUUUGGCACUCCCAGCAGCCCCUCUCAGUCUGUGCCAGCCCAGAAAGCUAGCCCCUUCUACGAGGAAUGGUGGUUCCUGGUGGUCAUUGCCCUCGUGGGCCUCAUCUUCAUCCUGCUUCUUGUCUUUGUACUCAUCAUCCGAGGUCAGAGCAAGAAGUACUCCAAGAAGACAGACGCAGGAGGCAAUACCAAGUCAGGAGCCCUCGGCCAUGGGGAGAUGCUGAGCCUGGAUGAAAGCAGUUUUCCCGCUCUGGAGCUCAACAACCGGCGACUCUCUGUGAAGAACUCUUUCUGCAGGAAGAAUGGCUUGUACACCAGGUCCCCUCCCAGGCCCAGCCCGGGCAGCCUACACUACUCUGAUGAAGACGUCACCAAGUACAAUGACCUCAUCCCUGCGGAGAGCAGCAGCCUGACCGAGAAACCCUCGGAAAUCUCCGACUCCCAGGGAAGUGACAGCGAGUAUGAAGUGGACACAAACCCUCAGAAAGCCCACUCCUUCGUCAACCAUUACAUCAGUGACCCCACGUAUUACAACUCUUGGCGGCGUCAGCAGAAAGGCAUCUCUCGGGCCCAGGCCUACAGCUACACAGAGAGCGAUUCUGGCGAACCUGACCAUGUCACUGUCCCCAAUAGCAACAGCACCCAGCAGGGCAGCCUUUUUCGGCCCAAGACCAGCCGGACUCCAACGCCCCAAAAUCCCCCAAAUCCCCCAAGUCAGCAGAGCACCCUCUACCGUCCCCCCAGCAGCCUCGCCCCUGGUUCCCGGGCACCCAUAGCAGGGUUCUCAUCCUUCGUUUGACAUCAGAAGAGGAAAAAGAAUGAAAAAAAAAUGACACCAAAAUCCUCCUUUGCCACUUCCCAGAACGCCUGCCAGAAAACACACAAGAAAACCCCACCAAGACAUCGGAUCAACUUUUCACCUCUCCAGUUUGUUUUUCCAGAGAUUCCAGGGCCAGCAGAGCCGGGGUAGAGGAGGAGGAGGACGGGGAAGAAACCCCUGGGACUUAGACAUGUGUGACCUGCAACAGCUUCUCACAUCCUUGGGGUCCAUUGUGCAGUGUGGAGGGUGGAGACCAGAUAGUCUCACUUCUGCCCAAGAUAGAGGGGCUUGGGACUCUGGAGAGGAGGGAGGAGGGGGGCUGUAGGCAGGUGGGGCUGAGGAAUGGAGACGCUUCUAGACAUGCAGCCAACUUCACCCUUCCCACGUGGGCUAGAUCUUGCUAUCCUUGCUCCUCUGCAAAAAGGAUGGGUGUCCUCAGAGGCGAAGCCUGACUGUUGUCUCUGGCUCUCGCUGGCAGGUGUUCCCUGGCCUUGCCAGCCCCCUGCCCUGCCUCAGCACCCUCCCAGGGCUCUUUACCCUUGUUCAUCUUCUCCACCAAGCAUUUGGCUUAUUUGGGAAAAAAAGAAGAAGAAAAAUCAAAGGGUGAGAAUCCACUUAGCAACUUCCUCAUUCCUGAAAAAAAAUUUUUUUUUUUUUUAAAUUGUGAAUUCAAGGAAGAGGGCCUGAGGGCUGGGAGAGAGCCCUCAGCUGCAUAACUGAGCCCUGCCUCCUGUUGCUUGGAUUCACUUCCCUGAAUGCAGAUAAGGAGGGGUGACAUCUGGGAAUGGAGACCUAAGGUGCUGGCUGCACAUUGGGGCAUGCUUCAGGGAGAUGUCCUGCAGGAAGUCAGAGGUGCAAGGACGAAGCCCUGACUGUCGUCUUCUCCUCUACCUGCCCAACACUGAGAAAAGGGAAACGGGGUGGGGGGAGCUUAGGAUGGGAAGCUCAGCUCAGCCCACCUAGCUGUGGAGGAAAGUUGUAUGCACAGAUGUACCACUUCCUCUGAAUGUACACCUUCCUGCUAACCCAUGCACCUGCCCUUGUGAACUGUAAAAAAAAAAGGGGGGGGGGUACAGAAGCCCCUCCCUGGAACUUCUUUGCCCAACAACAUUUUCACAUGUCUCUACCCACAACACACGGGUGCCCAAAGGGGCGGCCCAAUGCCUGGUCUUGAGGCUUUACAAAGAAUCAAAGAUCACUUGAACCCCUUCUAACAUCUCCCAGGUUAGGUUCCGUGAAGUUGGGAAGGACCAAGGAGGGGACAGCCAGGAAGUUCUGUCCAAACUGAACAUGGCAUGGUUAGUCAGGAGAGGUGGGUCAGGUGGGGUCGAGGGACAAGAAUAGCUGAUGGGAGAGAAACUGGUACCCCAGGAAUGUUCUGUAAAAAGCUGUGGGGGGCCUGAACUUCACAUCAGCUUUGAGCUUCCAAUGCAAGUGUUUGGGGAGGAGGUUUUCUAAUGUUCUGGGUUGUCUGAGGUCCUUGGGGACACCAACCAGCCCUUUAAGGCUCAGCCUACUGCUGGGAAUGCAUGGCUACCUCUAUCAGAGGCUGCAUUGGGGCAAGCAGUUCAAUAUCCAGUUCAAUAAAGGACCAGCCUUGCUGGGAGCAUGCACUAUUUUACUGCUGGCCUUAUUGAGAGGCCCAAGUGGGGAGCCUGCAGCUGUCCUCAGCAAUCCCUCGUUAGUCACUGCUAAUUCUCACUGGUCAGGGACAUCUGAGUCAAAGGCUUGAGUAAAGGACACACUCAGAUUACUAAGUAUGUGGGCUCCUCCCUACACACCUGCCCCCUGGAAUAUGUGAAUGAGGAAAUGUUGGAAGCCAGAUCAGUAGGCAGGUGACCCAA